GGCGGGGUACACCCUGGACAAGUCGCCAGGUCAUCACAGGGCUGACACAUAGACACAGACAACCAUUCACACUCACACUCACACCUAUGGUCAAAUUAGAGUCACCAGUUAACCUAACCUGCAUGUCUUUGGACUGUGGGGGAAACCGGAGCACCCGGAGGAAACCCACGCGGACACAGGGAGAACAUGCAAACUCCACACAAAGGCCCUCGCCGGCCCCGGGGCUCGAACCCAGGACCUUCUUGCUGUGAGGUGACAGCGCUAACCACUACACCACCGUGCCGCCCCCAAAUAACUGUGUAUUAGGCUCACUGGGUUCUUUGAAAAGUCUGAUCAAGAGGUGGACCAGUCGCUACCCUGAUGCUAAAACUGACCCCAUGAACGCGUGGGAUGACAUCAUUACAUCCCGGGGUUUCUUUCUGGACAAGAUCUGGGAGAAGCUGUGCUCGUCUCCUGCUAGCAGUAUGGAGGUGGAUGGAGCUGAGCAGGACAGUACAGCAGAAGAGUUGGGAGCACUGGUGAAGGACUGCAAGUUUAAUAUGAAACUGAACAUGGCAGAUAGCGCCUGGAAACAGAACAACUUCUCCGUGGCAACAAAGCUGUUGAAAGAACUUCACAGGGAGGCGAAGGCUGAGAAAGGUUGGCUACAGCGCUGGGUGCACAGUUUCAGCCAGCGGAAGAGCCAGGGGCCCGCUGAGCAGAUCCACUCCCUGCUCAAGACUGUCCCACUGCUUGUGUUGUGUAGAGGAGUUUGAGGAGCAGAGUGAAGCUUCCACUAGCAAGGUGUUCAGAGACCAGAGGAUCCUACUGGGCACCACCUUUGACCUUUUGGCCAGCGCUGUGCACCGCAG